AUGAGACUCGUAAUCCUUGAUUUUCAAACAUCCGAAGGAAAGGAAAGGGAAGAUGAAAUCAAUGAUAACCUUGCUGGUAUCUACAGAGCGAUGAAAAAACACCCUUCUGCAAUGGCGAAUGCUCGGAAAACAUGCUCAAUUUGGCAGGCUGAGGGAAACGAAUCAGACCACUAUAUGAUAAAUCCUAAUAGUGAGGGAACACCCGUUAUUGUGUAUUGCGACAUGUCAACUAGCCCAGCGACAAUGGUCCUUGAACACGAUCACAUGGAUACGAAAUCUCUCGUUGGACCAAGAUGUGAUUUCGAGGCAUGUGUCCGAAGCGGUCCGUUUUCUUAUUUCUCAGGAUCAAAAGAUAGAUUGCUUGAGAUAAUUUCGGCAUCAAGAUCGUGUCAACAGCAUGUCAGAUACGAUUGUUUCAACAGUGGAAUGGACUUUACCCGCUGGACAACCCCUGAUGAUAGGACACGAUCAUACUGGGGUGGCUAUCCAAAGGGAGAAUACUCAGAGACUCGUUGUGGAUGCUUCCUCACUGGACAAUGUACAAAUGGACAGCUUUGUAACUGUAACAAUGGAAUAAAUUUUGACAAUCAAUGGCACGUUGAUGAAGGUUACAUUGUGUCGGAAACAUCUACUACGUCAGCAACAGAGCUUCCCGUCAUGGAAGUUGCCUUUGGACGUUUCCCACUUGUAAAGGGAUGUCCGACUGCCCCUAGGCAUGACAAUUCAAUUAACGAUGCUAGUGGGCUUGGCCAUGUAGCAGGAGACGUAGUGAACUAUACUUGCUCCGAGGGAUACGAAAGCGAGGGAUCAAACAUUGUAUCUUUAACGUGUAGAGGGGAUGGUUCCUGGGAAAGUAAAACAAUAUCUUGCCAAAGGGUAAACUGUGGUGAUCCUGGUACUUCAAACAACACAAAUCGAGCAUUAAAUGGUACACGUUAUGGCGAUACUGUGUCAUAUACCUGUACUAGUGCAUACAAGUACGAAAGUGGUGAUAGAACACGAACAUGUGGUGCUAAUGGAACUUGGACGGGACAGAUAUUGACAUGCCAACCGGGUUUGGUUGCUUUUGAUGCUCGUGGAACCGGAUCUUCAUAUUGGAAUCGGGCAGGUGCAGUAAAGUUUAUAGACGAUUUGAAUAUUGGUGACGCCUAUUCUAGAGUAACAGGUUUAUUCACUGCACCUUUUCAAGGAUUAUACCAUUUUGAGUCCCAUCUUCAAAGAUACGGUUCCUAUACUGUGUAUUGUUUCAUACGAGUGAAUAAUGUACGACUGAGGGUAAUAGAGGUCGAUCCAUACAGUAGUUACCCUGGUAGGGGAAGUGCAAGCUUGAAUGUGCAGUUAAACAAGGGAGAUACGGUGUAUGUAGACAACCGAGGCACGGGUUACCAUAUCAGGUUUAACACAUUCGACUCAUCAUUCAGUGGACUUCUCAUUCAACAUGGUGACGGGAAUAACUAACAAUAAACUUUUAUACCAUAACAUUAAUUAUUAUUAGAUUAAAUUCCCCUUCAUUAGUUAGAAAAUAUACACUAACAUACUGUAGAACAAGCGCAAGACCUGACUACUAGUACAAUACUCAUACACACACACAUCAUACUGUACGGUGUAUACAACUUGGCACAUGUACUUCAAGCAUCCUCCCCAAGAUUGAUGUUACUUGAGUAAUAUAGUGAAGAUGUAAAUUUAAGAUUCAGUGCACUUAUUGUAAAAUAUAUGAGACUUAAUGGAAAGUAAUAAAGAUAUUAGGUAUAAUAUAACGCUACAUACCAGUAGCUGCUUCUAUGCAGAAUACGCAAACCUAGUGACAUGAAAUAUAUUAUUUUAGUAUAAAUGGCAAUGUUUGUAGAAUAAAAUGGC